GGUUGAGGGUGUAGCUAGCUGCACAUGUUGGGUUUAACGCCUCUCAGGCUGACAGGCUGCUGGGCUCCACGUGAUGGUCGCUGCGCGUCACCGCGACUCGCCUGGAGACUGGAGCGCGACUCACUGACAGUCAAUGAAGCAGCCUACUGUCAAUUAAGAAUUAACCCAACAUAGUGAAAAGGUGGUGUGUAAGCAAUCCAGGCAGCAUCGUGAUAGCCGAUGGUCACUGAUUCGUUAGAGUGCUCUGCGGGUUUGAUUUCCCCCUAUAUUUACGCGUGCCAAGUGAAGGAAAAAACAUGGCUGGUUUAAUGGCAGGUUUUGGUCGUUACACCCACGCCAUCGUCCGGGGAACCCCUGAGUCUUUGGCUAAAGGGGCGCUCCGGAGCAGCCAGGCAGAGGUGGACGUGACCAUCGCUCAGAGGGAGCACGAUGCUUACGUCCACGUCCUGAGGACCACGCUCGGGCUCGAGAUAUUGGAGCUGCCCGCUGAUGAGACGCUCCCGGAUUGCGUGUUCGUGGAGGAUGCCGCCGUGGUGUGCGGGGACACGGCGCUCAUCACCAGACCCGGUGCAGAGAGCAGGAGAGGAGAGACAGAGGCAAUGAAGGGUGCUCUGAAGGAGCUGAAUCUGAAUGUCGUGGAAAUGACUGAUGAGAGCGCUACACUGGAAGGAGGAGAUGUCCUUUUCACAGGUCGAGAGUUCUUUGUAGGCCUUUCCAAACGGACCAAUCAAAGAGGAGCAGAGAUUCUUGCUGAUGCCUUUAAGGACUAUGCUGUGUCUACUGUGCCCGUAUCGGAAGGGCUGCAUCUGAAGAGCUUCUGCAGCAUGGGGGGGCCGGGUCUCAUUAUCAUCGGCUCCAGUGAACCCGCUCAGAAAGCCCUCAAAAUCAUGCAACAAAUGAGUGACCAUCGUUACGACAAACUGACGGUGCCCGAUGACCUAGCUGCCAACUGCAUCUACAUGAAUCUACCCAAUAAAGGACACGUUCUUCUGCACUGUACAUCAGAGGAGUUUCCAGAAAGUGUAAAGGUGUUUGAGAAGUUGAAGGACCACAUGCUGAUCCCUGUGUCCAACAUGGAGAAAAGGAAAGUAGAUGGAGCUCUCACAUGCUGCUCCGUGCUCAUCAACAAGAAGGCCAACAACUAAGUGUUAUCCAAGUGGAGCCUGUAUCCCAUCACAGUGGAUUCCAAGCCGUUGUGAAACUAUUAUAGGUCACUGGAAGACGAUAAGCAGAUUUGGUAUUUUUAAUAGAGGUGCAUAUGGUAUAAUUGGGGGCAGACACAUUUCCUUCCUUAUGAAGCGUACGCUUAAUUGUCUUCAAAUCUAUAAGUUGAUAGCGAUAUGACUGCAGAAUACAAUUAGUUCAAGUUAUGUGUGCUUCCAUAGAGAAGUGGCAGCCACCACUAAUGUGUGAAUAUGUUGCGCUAAUGUUAUUGAAGUAGAAUGCUUACUUCCAGCACUUAUUUAGUAACAUUGUCACGAACAAAUAAGAAUAAGGGUUUUACUACUACUAGUUCUGAUACUCAAAUUUCCUUGAUGAAGGAACAUUGCAGCUUGAAGAUUCCCUAAUUGUGAACCAAUCCAUUGUGAACAUGGUUACCAUCGCACUCAAUUUACAUACGAAAUGUAUUUUUUGCAACCUAACACCUCCGCUUUCCUACUUGUAAUACCUCAAUACAAAACAAAACGCCAGUUGCUCCAGGAUUCUGAAGGUACUAUCGUUUUGUUUAGAUGUGCUUGUUUGGUAGGAUGUUGUUUUUAUUUAUUUUUUGUCUUUCAACGUACAGCAUCACUGUGUGGAGUUUACAUGUCCCCCCUCCCCCCGUGCGUGCGUGGGUUUUCUCCCGGUACUCCUACAUUUUUCUCCUACAUUCCAAAAAUAUGCAUGUUAGGUUAAUUGAAGACUCUAAAUUCUAAAAGGUAUGAAUGUGAGAGUGAAUGGUUGUUUGGCUGGUGACCAGUCCAGGGUGUACCCCGCCUCUCGCCCAAAGCCAGCUGGGAUAGGCUCCAGCAUACCCCCACGACUCCUGUGAGGAUGAGCAGCAUAGAAAAUGGAUGGAUGGAUGCCUUUCAACGUGACUGUGACUGAGAGUUAAGGAAAUGACAUCAGGAGGUGAUCUGGUGUAUGGGCAGGCAGGCAGUGAUGAAGCGUGGAAAGAAUGUGGUUCGUUGUGUUCAGAAGAGAGGCUUGCAACGCCAGUAAACACUGACUCUUAAACUUGCUCCGUUUUCUUCUCUCACCCACCCUUUACUAGUGCCUCAGAGACAGGUUUGCAUUAACUUAUGGCCAUGAUAUCAUUCAGUCUGGCAAGACGCUGGGUGAAAGCGUCAUUGCAGAAUAGCCAGAGGUCAUUCACACAUUCCUACUGACGUUUUAGUGUACCAGCUUUUGUGGUCCUGGCUAAUUGUUCUUUUCUAAAGCUGACAUUCCGUAUCUCCUCCCCAUAAUCCUUUCCGACUACUGAUUAAAAAGUGUUGUAUCAUUACAUUUGACCCCGCAAUGAUGUGAAACCAUUCGCUGGAAUAAUCUCCAAGUCUGUUGCCUUGGAGUCAUAAUUUUUUGCUGAUGUUUUGCUUCUGAUGUUCCAUUCAGGUAUUUUAGUGUUAAUACAAGUUUGAACUAUUUUAGUCAUCUGAAAAUAGGCUUUUGAUCAAUUUGCUUAAUAAAGUGACACCCUAGCAUUCAACCAAGUUGUUUUUUUUUUUUGUUUUUAUUAGAUACAGUAUAUGCAUAUUUGUAACACAAGUAGAGAGGCAUGCAUUGUCUUAUCUUGUAUUUAUUGAUGACAUUUAGGAUUGGUUUAGCUUUGUUAGGCCUACUCUCGUGAACAAAUUGACAACAUAGAAAUAAAUCAAAUAAAAUCUAAAUACAAUACCACCACCCAGUGGCAAGGAAAUGAAAGCUCAUUUUAAUACGAGUGAGCUCCUCAAAUGUAAUUUAUGCUGUAAUAAAAAUGUGCCAAACCAUUUAUAGACACACUAGAUUUGAUAUUUAUUGCAAAAAUUCCAAUAUGUUCAAUACAUACACCAGGCAGGAAAUAGUGCACAUUAAAUGCAAGAAGGAGGUAAUCUGCAUUGUACCUUUCAUUUUCUCAAUUUUAUACGCCACAAAUCCAUAACCAAAUAGUUGCACAAAAAAACGGUUACAAUUAAGCAGAAUCAAUGGCAAACAAUAAGAUACAGCAGAAGAGACAAAAAUACAGCCAGAAAAGUGCAUUUAAAUGCAAACUUGAUAAACUAAUAGCUUUUGCUUGCCAUUUUUUCAUUCUUCCCUUUAUAUGCAACUCAUGUAAAAGGUUACAUGGACCUUGCAAGCCAUGAAAUAUUGGUAAACGCUUACGUAUCAUGAAAUUAAUACAAUGUCCCUAAAGUUUGGACACCUAUGCAAAAAUGCCCAAUUAUUCAAUUAGAAUUAUAAUGUAAUUUUAUUGAAUAUAUAUAUGUGUGUGUGUGUGUGUGUUUAUGUUUAAGUAUGUAUAUGUAAUAUAUUUGUUAUAUAUACUUUUCAU